UAGUAAGAAUUUCUCGAUCAGCUGGAUGAAAGACAAAAUCUUCGCAGAAUAGUCCACAGAAAAAACCUCUGAUAGGUUGUCCGCUGUGUCUACAGAUACCCCGAUCAACGAAGAAACAAAGACAUUUUACAAUGAGUGAACUAACUCCGGAUGAAAUUCGACGGAAGAGGUUGGUUCGGCUGCAGGGGGGCCAGUCACAGAGCAGCACACCGUCAAGUUCUAGUCAGUCAUCAGUAUCAUCCACACAUCCUCAGCCAAUGGAAACACCCUCAUCAUCAUUAGGGGAAGCACAAGCUACACCCUCUUCACCUCAGUCCAAUCAGCUGUCACUACGCAAAACUCCAUCCACACCACUGACUCAGGGGCAAUCCUUUAAACCAGCCAGUUUAGCUUUGGAUUCCCCAAGAUCACAGGACUCACAGAGCAUGGAUGUAGACACGGAUUAUUCUGAAAAAUUAUCUCAGCAGUCACAAGUGGAUGUGGACUCUGGCAUCGAAACCAUGGAAGUUGAUGAUGUUGAAGUCCGACCUGCUGAAAGUAAAAGAAAAAGGGAUGUGAGUAUCGGAUCAGAGGCUACAGAAGAACAGAUACUGACCUCUCUGUGCCGGGUGUUUCUGGUAAACUGGCGUGAGCAGAACCAGGAGUCCUUCUAUCUACCUGUCCUUGCCCAAGCUGCUCAGUCAGAGCCAGUGGAAUUUCGCGAGUUGAUCCAGCAGAUCUUGAUGGAGGUUUUACACCUGAUAGAACAGAGUGAAGAUAACCCGCUGUGCUCCUUAAAACUAAGGGUACAAGCGCUAUCUCCAAUGCCAGGCUAUGGCACAGUUCACCCAAGCCCUAAAGGUAUUAGCCCGUUGUUAUCGCCGCAGCAGCCCCCCAGAGACACAACCAGGGCUUCGGUGCUGCACUGUAAGGAGGUUGACAUGGUCACCUAUUUGCUGGACUGUUACAGGAGGGUGGCCAUUGAGGAGAGAGUGGCACCCAAGAGGUCGAGUAUUCCACCCAUGAGUGAGGUGAUGUCUCUAGUCAGGAGUCAGUGUGUUACUCAUUCUUCACUGGUGCUCCAGGGCCUAGUUACAGUCCCUAGGUCACCAGGCCUGCCUUCUCUCCUAUUGCCUAGUUUAUUAGCUCACAGUCUUCCCCGGGGCUUCCUGUCUGAGCUGCUACAGACAACGAGUAACGACCAACAGAGUUUCAGCAGGGUAUUUUCUCCGAUCCUUCAGGGCCUGUUACUCAGUAUACGAGGGUUGUCUUUUGACACAGAUGAGUACAGAGCCCCUCUUACAGUUCUCACUGAGCUCUGUGACAUUAAAAGUGCUGGUAAUACCAGACCUAUAUGUAACUUAAUUGUACAGCUCAAAAAUUGGUUGCCAUCAUCAGUGUCCAAUUCUACAGGGAUGGAGUUGGAAAAGCUAUCAUUUCUAGGACCUUUCAUUGGACUGUCAGUGUUUGCGGAGGACAAUAUAAGGGUUGUAGACAAGCACUUCUCCAAUCACCAACUCACGCCAGACAACAACAAGCUACUGAACCAGUCCUUACAACAUGGCCUAGAUUUUGCCAGGAAUGAGCUGUUUAAGAUUGUCCACGCCAUCCUUGUGAACUCGGAGACCAGAGAUGCUGCCAUCGGCUUCAUCGGAGCUGUGAUCAGACGCAAUGUCAAACGAUCUCAAAUACAGGUUGAUGAAAGGCUUGUGUCAGGGGAUGGUUUUAUGUUGAACUUUCUCACCGUGCUACAGAUGCUGACCCUCAAAGUCAAACUGGAUAAGGUAGACAAGUAUUACCUGUUCCACCCCAAGGCCAAAACUGAGACAAAAGGGGACUCCAGAUUGAAGCUUAGCUCGCAGGAGGCCGAGGAAUGGGCCGAAGGACUGAAAAAUUCUGAGAAACCUCCCUGGCAGGAGCCCAAAUUUCCCACCGAGAUUUUCUUUCUCACCCUCCACUGUCAUCACAUAUCCAUAUUACCCAUGACGAGGAAGUAUCAGCGCCGAUUGCGGGCCAUUCGAGAUCUGAACCGUAUGAUAGAGGAACUGGAGGGUGUGGAGUCUCAGUGGAAACUCUUACCCAUGGCAACACGAAACAGAGAACUUCUCAAACGAUGGAAAUCACAAUCUCAGAGACUACAGAAGAGUAAGCUGUGUGCAGAUGCAGGUCUGCUCGAUGAGACAAUGCUUCGCCGCUCUCUACAGUUCUAUGGGAUGGCUGCAGAGUUCCUGCUUCAGGCUGCCGACCCACAGUCACAUGGGGCCUGUCUACCAUUGCCUAGUGAUAUUCCCCAAGCCUUUGCUGCCUAUCCUGAUUUCUACCUUGAGGACAUUGCAGACUUCCUACUAUUUACAUUACAGUUCAUGCCUCAGGUUCUGGAUGACCCUAGCAUGAAGCACAUCAUGACACUGCUGGUGGUGUUUGUGUGCAGUCCACAAUACAUCAGUAACCCCUACCUGGUGGCCAAGUUGGUGGAGGUCAUCUUUGUCUUCAAUCCGGCCAUCCAACCGCGGGCGGAGAAGCUCAGUCAGAUGCUCCUUACCCACCCGCUAGCUAUGCAGAGCUUAGUGCCUGCUCUCAUGCAAUUUUAUACAGAUAUAGAGACAACUGGUGCUAGCAGUGAAUUUUAUGACAAAUUCACCAUCCGGUAUCAUAUCAGCAUUAUCUUCAAGACUCUCUGGAGCAUGCCUUCCCACCAAGCCAAAAUCAUUGAAGAAGCCAGUAAUGGGAAACAGUUUGUGAAGUUUGUGAACAUGUUGAUGAAUGACACAACUUUUCUCCUGGAUGAGAGUUUGGAUUGUCUGAAGAGGAUUCAUGAAGCCCAGGAACUGAUGGAUGGCUCAAACAGCCAGUCCUGGGAUCAGCUGCAGACUCACCAACGACAGCUGGCCAUGGAUGAGCGACAGUGUCGAUCUUACCUCACUCUUGCCACGGAAACUGUCGACAUGUUUCACUACCUGACUGAGAAAAUAAAACAGCCUUUCUUUAGCCCGGCCCUAGCUGAUCGCCUAGCAGCCAUGUUGAACUUCAACCUCCAGCAGCUGUGUGGGCCCAAAUGUAAAAAUCUCAAAGUGAAAACUCCCGAAAAGUACUUCUGGGAGCCGAAAAAAAUGCUCAACUCGCUGACAGAUAUAUAUCUGCACUUGGACUGUGAUGAGUUUGCCAAAGCCAUUGCCAAUGAUGAGCGUUCAUAUCGUAAGGAACUGUUUGACGAUGCCAUAUCACGCAUGGUAAAGGCCUGUAUUAAGACAGACACGGAGAUAGAACAGUUUCGACAUCUUCAGGAAAAAGUAGAGAAGCUUGUCCUUGCUCACAGACAGGAGGAAAUGGACUUUGGGGAAAUUCCUGAUGAGUUCAAAGAUCCACUGAUGGACACGCUGAUGAGUGACCCUGUGAUUCUGCCCAGCGGGAAUGUGAUGGAGCGAGCGGUCAUCUCGCGCCACCUCCUUAACUCGCAGACUGACCCCUUCAACAGACAACCCCUGACAGAGGAACAGCUGGUGCCAGCUGUGGACAUAAAGAGUCGAAUCCAAGCCUGGAUCAAGGAAAAGCAGGAUCAAGCCAGGCAGAGAUCUUCCUGAGACCUAGCCCACCAGGCCCCAGAACAAUUGUUUGGAGAGGAGUUCUGUUCAUCAGAAGUGUUCCCAUCAUCGUCAUCGUUUGUCCACUUUUCCCCAAGGGAAUCUAUGGCCCAUCUGACUCCUUGUGACUCUGAACACUGGGCUUGUGGUUCAAAACUUCACCAGUCUUGUAUUCCUUCAUUCAGGGGAAUUUUGUGUGGAGUUUUCCUCCAGAGUACUCCAGUUUCAACAGUGCUUUCAAUUGCUACUCAUUGUUUAUGCCAUGCCUAAUUGAGCUUUCCAGCAUGAUGGUCAUGUGACAUUCAUGCAGAACUAAUACUUGGCAGAACACUUGGCCGUACAGUCAGCCCUCGGGUUGAAAUGGUUUGCUCUGUGGUGUAAUUUAUUCUGAUACCUGACGAUGUCAUUUUGCAUUUUUGUGUCAAGGGCUGGUGUGUUAUGACAAGAGGGCAGGAGGGGGAAUUGAACACACACUCGCCUGCACUCCAGUCCAGAAUUGGUGUACAGAAUAGAAAAGAAAAUAUACUUGACUUGAGAAAAAGAAAAAAAAAAUGAAACAAGAAAUUAAAAAACAACUAACCUAAAGUAUUCAUAUUGUUUCAUUGAUUUUGUGGUACAUGUGUAUUAUGUAUUACAUAAUGAGUAACACAGUUCCCCGAAGGCCAUAGAAAGCAUUUUCGUGUAAAUUUGUGUGCCAGUUUUAACUUUAUGUUUGGAAAGAUCAGGUCAGUUUUUAUGCUCUUGAAGAUUUUUUGGGCUUGAAUUCCAUGGAAGCGAUAUUAAUACUGAACAGUUGCUUUCAUAAAUAUUCAUAAGUGACAAACAUGGUGUCCAGAAAUUUUUAUAGAUGCUUGUUGUUUGCUUGUAACAAAACGACAGAAUUUUUAGAUGUAUUGAGUUAAUGUUAGUCAUGAAGUGGUUUCAGUUUACCGGUUUAACAAAUGUAAGAGCAGCAUUACGUAAAUUGGAAUUAUACAGUUGAGUGCAGUAAACAAGAGGCUUGUUUUGUCAGUCCAAAUAGGUCCCUUUCUUGAUGAUAUCUAAAGUCAUUGUAAUGAUUCUGCCACAUUGAUGUAGUAUGGGGGAUCUUAGAGAGAGUUUUAGGGUGCAGCUCUCCGGUUUCAGGACCUAUCAAUACUGUGACUGCCACAGUAUAUUGAUUAUACUUUGUGAUGUGCUUCAGCUGUUCAUAAACCUAAUCUCUCUGCCUUAUGACAAGAAAACAGCAGGGUGUUUAUUAGUCUUACAAGCCAAUUUGAUAUUUGUUCUCUAGAUGGUUUCCUUUAAUGGAAAUAGAGACGAUUAUUAGGGCCAAUAAAUGUGCAUUGUGAAGCAUACACACGUUAGUGUACCCAAGUAACCAGCCAGUCCAAGGACAAUUUACAUGUAGGUCCGUAAACUUUGAAAUGUUAAGGGAUGAACGAAAUUUGGUUCACAAUAGCAACGCAAAAUGCAAAGUAAUCUGAAACAUUAAAAUCAUAUGUUUUAAUGGUCUGAAGUUUACACACACACACAUAUAUA